AUUAAACAAGUUGAAGUGAGGUUUAAAAGAACGAAUGUGGCGAUGUCAUGUUGGUGCGUUUUGUACGCAUGCGCAGUGUGCUCCAUCGGCCUCCACCACUCAGUGCUUUCAGGCGCUUAAAAAUGCGCUGGAAGCUCGUGAGUUCUCCUCUCCCGAGCUCAGUUCUUUACCAUCAAAAGUCACCUUUCGGACUACGCUCGACACCUCCCGCUGGCAAGAAUUUUUUUGGGGUGACGCUUCAUCGCUCGGAGUCAUCAUUAAGCUACCGCCGCCGCUGAUGUCGUGGUGUUGUGACGCAUGUCCCGCGUCCCCCGGUGCCUCCUCGCCGCCGCAUGACUUCUAACCUCCAACCUCGCCACCUUCCUCUGGAGCCCACGAGUGUCUCCUCUUGCCUUUCGCCUCGCCGCCAAGGAGCCGCUGAGCGACUGGCCUUGGACCCGUGGAGCUGUCGGAUCCCCUUUCCUCCUCCUCCUCCCACUCCCAGAAUCCCCCACAGGUCGCUGGUCUUUCUUUCUGGUGGUAUCGAGCCCAGUUGGGCCGGCCGUGCGCACUCUUCAAAACUGGGGCGCGAUUCGUGUGAUGCGACCAUGUCGGGUCUGGGCGAGCGCCGGCCGGUCAACGCGGACUACGCCGUCUCCCUGCUGGAGCAGCUCAAGUUCUUCUACGAGCAGAAGCUGCUGACGGACGUGGUGCUGCUGGUGGACGACACCGAGUUCCCGUGCCACAAGAUGGUGCUGGCUGCGUGCAGCUCUUACUUCAGAGCGAUGUUCAUGGGCGGCCUGAGCGAGAGCAAGCAGACGCACGUCAGCCUGCGCAAUGUGGACGCCGCCACGCUGCAGAUCAUCAUCACGUACGCCUACACGGGCCACCUGGCCAUCAGCGACAGCACCGUGGAGCCGCUCUACGAGACCGCCUGCUUCCUGCAGGUGGAGGACGCCCUGCUGCAGUGCCGCGACUACCUAGUAAAGAAGAUCAACCCAGAGAACUGCGUACGCAUGCUGAGCAUCGGCGACCUGUUCAGCUGCAGCGAGCUGAAGCAGAGCGCCAAGCGCAUGGUGGAGCACAAGUUUCCCACGGUGUACCGGCAGGACUCCUUCCUGCAGCUGUCGCACGAGCUCCUCGUCGACGUGCUGAGCAGCGACAACCUCAAUGUGGAGAAGGAAGAGACGGUGCGCGAGGCGGCCAUGCUGUGGCUGGAGUACAACAUGGAGGCGCGCUCGCAGCACCUGUCGUCGGUGCUCAGCCAGAUCCGCAUCGACGCGCUCUCCGAGGUGACGCAGCGCGCCUGGUUCCAGGGCCUGCCACCCAACGACAAGUCUGUGGUGGUGCAAGGCCUCUACAAGUCCAUGCCAAAGUUCUUCAAGCCACGCCUGGGCAUGACCAAGGAGGAGAUGCUCAUCUUCAUGGAGGCGCUGUCGGAGACGCCGGGCGUGCGUGUGAUGAUGCCGUCGGUUCCCGCCGCAAUGGUGUGCUACAGCCCACAGGCCGAGAAGGUCUACAAGCUGUGCAACCCGCCGCAGAACCUGCAGAAGGUGGGCACGCUGGUCACGCCCGACAACGACGUAUUCAUCGCCGGCGGCGAAGUGGUGCUGGAGAACGCCUUCGGCCGUGGCGGCGGCCUGCAGGUGGUGGUGGACGCAGUGGACAGCUUCUUCUGGCUGGACGCCCAGCAGAACACCUGGGUGGCCAAGACACCCAUGUUGUGCGCCCGCCUCAAGCCCUCGCUGGUGUACUGCGACGGCUGCAUCUACGCGGUGGGCGGCGACAACGUGGGCGGCGAGCUCAACAGACGCACGGUGGAGCGCUACGACUGCCAGAAGGACGAGUGGAGCAUGGUGAGCCCGCUGCCGCUGGCGUGGAGCUGGAGCACAUGCGUGGUGGCGCACGACUGCAUCUACGUGCUGACACACGACCUCAUGUACUGCUACCUGCCGCGCGCCGACGCCUGGGUGGAGAUGGCCUUGCGCAAGACCAGCCGCUGCUACGCUUCGGCCGCCGCCUUCGGGGACCUCAUCUUCUACCUGGGCGGCCUGCACAUGGCCGGAAGCUCGGGCGGCGGCGGCACACGCCUGCCGCCCGGCGCCACCGACAGCCCCUCGGUGGCCGUGGAGAUCUACGACGUCAACAAGAACGAGUGGCGCCAGGCCGCCAACAUCCCAGCCAAGCGCUACUCUGACCCGUGCGUGCGCGCCGUGGUGCUGCUGGACGGGCUGUGCAUCUUCCUGCGCGAGACGCACAUGCACGAGCGGCCCAAGUAUGCCAUCUACCAGUACGAUGUGGAGCUGGACCGCUGGUACCUGCGGCAGCCAGUGUCCGAGCGCGUGCUAUGGGAGCUGGGCGACAACUUUCACUGCGCUGUCGGCAAGCUGUACCCGUCCUGCCUGGAGGAGUCCCCGUGGAAGCCGCCCGCCUACCUCUUCUCGCCCGACAGCGCCGAGGAGUUCGACGUGGACGGCGAGCUGCUCCCCCUCGUAUAGCUCUGAAGCGCCCCCCAGGGUGGGAGGGGGGCAAGCGAACCCUCAAAGCACGCGGCGACGGCUCGCAAACAUAAAGGACGUCCUAGUAAUCUUUUCUUUCCUUCUUGAACUCAUGACGCAGCGUGGCGGACGGGUGGUUAGCGCGUCUGCCUCGCAGUUUCCCGCGUGGAGUUUGCAUGUUCUCCCCAUGGUUGCGUGGGCACUCCGGCUUCUUCCCACAUUCCAAGAACAUGCAUGCUAGCGCAAUUGAAGACUCUAAAUUGGCCAAAAGGUUUUAAUGUGUUUGUCUAUACACUACUCGCAAAAAGUUAAUACAGUGAAUAGUGAAAGUCUGUAAGUAAUUGACACCCCCCUAAAAGGUUUGUAAUUGCUAUUGGAUGCCGCAAGAUGGUGGCAAAGCACUACUUAUGUCUAAAUGGAAAUCCCCAACUUACUUCAACAUACUUCCCUGGCACCACAAUGUCACCAGGUGGCACUGAGCUGCGAAUAUGCGCAAAUGUCGGGAUGAACCUAAAAUGCUCUAGAUCCUCCCAGGUGAACUUGAAUUGACCUUAUGUAAACUUUUGUUCACUGAUUCAGUACCUUAUUGCGAAACUUGCCAUUCUCAGAUUCACAGCAGGUGUCUGAUCCGUCAAAGUUUCCAAGGAUGUCCGCUCGUAUGCCUUUCUGUGACUCUUCCGGUCAUGACACUGUUACACUCUAGGGUCAGUUGCCUAUAGCUGCAGUAGCGAGGCUUCAGACAGGAUGUUCUCACAGGGAAGUGGCCACUGAGUUUCAUCAGCAGGUUGCGACAGAUACUGGAAGUGUCACUGAAAGGUAUACUGGUGUACAGAAGGUCAAAUUGAGUUUACGUGUAAAAGUUAUCGUACAUUUUAGGUACAUCCUAAAAUUUUCCCCCAAUAUACAUUACUUUUUCGUGACUAGUUCAUGUGUCCUGCUAUUGGCCAGGUGUGCCCCGCCUCUCGCCCAAAGUUGGCUGGGAUAGGCUCCAGCUCACCUACAACCCAAACGAGGACGAAUGCUACAGCAAGUGGACUGAUGGCUCAUCUCUGGCCCUGCCCCUAUUUUGUUUUUAUUUUUGAGGGGUGACGCGGCAAGGGCGACUGCAGGUCCAGUCGCUCGCCCGCCGUGCCCUCGGCCACGCCCACUGCACCCGGAGCCUUCCACACAACCGUCAGUCUACGCCUCACGCUACGCUGAUCUUGCUCACUCACACACACCU